UGUCAGGUCCAUACCAGUAAGGACAAAAUGGAAACUUUGCUGCAACAGCUGACCCGUGGCAAAGCUCUGUUCCUCAUCAUUAUUUUAGGAAUUGGAGGAAGCUUUCAAGGUGGCUACCAUACCACUGGUUUAAGUUCUCCCUCACCGUUUAUACAGCGCUUCAUCAACAGCAGCUGGUAUGACAGGUAUGAAGAGCCUCCACCUGCACAGACGGUCACAAUGAUCUGGUCUCUCAUCGUUUCCAUGUAUCCUGUCGGGGGACUCUUUGGUGCCAUCAGUGUCAAAUUUAUCUCAGGCAUGUUGGGAAGAAAAAAGGUGCUGAUCUGCAACGGUUUUAUUGGCAUUGUUGCUGCAGGGAUCAUGCUGACAAGUAAAGGGGCCAAUUCGUACGAAAUGAUAAUUUUGGCAAGGACCCUGUAUGGCUACUCAGCAGGUUUGGGAAUAAGUAUCCAUAUGAUGUACCUUGGAGAGAUUUCACCCAGAAAGAUAAGAGGCAUAGUGACUCUGACUUCAGCGACUUUUAUGUCAUUGGGCAAACUCUCUGGACAGUUUUUUGGAUUAAGUGAGAUCCUCGGUCGUGAGGAGCUGUGGAACAUCGUUCUUUGUGUCCCUACAUUUUUCUCAGUGGUUCACAUUAUAGUCUUGCCUUUUCUUCCUGAAGCUCCCAGAUACUUAUUCAUAGAGAAAGGUGAUGAUCAGGGAUGCAAAAAAGCUCUCCAGAGCCUGUGGGGCCAAGGUGACUACAAACAGGAGAUGGACGAGAUGUUGGCUGAGCAGGCAGCCAUUGAAGCAGCCCCAGCGAAAAGCCCUCUGCAGCUGCUGAGGGACAGGACUGUCAGGUGGCAGCUCAUCACCAUGUCUCUCAUCUACUGCUGCAACCAGCUGUCAGGCAUGUCUGCGAUCAAUACAUUCUCUUUUGACAUCUUCCUGAAGGCAGGCAUACCCAGAGACAAGAUCCGCUACAUCACUCUUGGUCUCGGAGUAUCUGAAAUCAUCACCUCAAUCUCCUGUGGUCUGCUGAUUGAGCACACAGGGAGGAGGCCGUUGUUCUGGGUGGGCUAUGGGGUCAUGUCUGCCAGCUGGGUGUUGGUCACAGUCACUCUGAACCUGAAGGAUUCCAGCUAUUGGGUUCCUUACCUUACCUGUGGUCUUAUCAUCCUCUACAUCAUCUGCUUUUGUGGAGGACCUGCGGGAGCCACAGCUACUCUCAACAGUGAGAUAUUUAUCCAGUCCGAUCGACUGGCAGCUCUGGUCCUCAUGGGAAUCCAGCGCUGGUUACUGUUUUCUGUGCUGGGCCUAGUCUUUCCAUUCCUGAUUAAUGCCCUCAGCUCAUACUGCUUUGUGCUGUUCGCAUGUAUGUGCCUGCUGGGUUGUCUUUACACCUUCUUCCUCCUGCCUGAGACAAAAGGGAAGACCCUGCUGGAGAUCUCUGAGGAGUUUAAAGCCAUCACUCUCUGCGGGAAAUCCUUCUCAGAGAAAAAGAGUUUGGAAACCAAGUUAUGA